AUGAGCACAUACGUGAAGUCAUCUUUCAAGAGCAGGAGUGAGAGAUCAGGACAAUCAAACCACACGAAUGAUGCAAACGCCAUACCCAACAUGCCCGUGAGUGCAGAUGAAGAUGAAGAUGAUGAAGAAAGCACUUUAUUGGUAUCACAAAAUAAUUCAAUCAGAUCAAACUUUACAGAAAAUAACUUAGAUAUGAAUUCACUAAAAAAUUCGUUUCAAAUAAAUGGUGAUUAUAUAUCUGAUAGUUAUGAGCCUAAUACACCAGAUGGCAAUAGUAUCAACUUUCAAACUUCAAAAAACAAUAACCCAAUAAGUGGACAACCCCCAAUUAUGCAAUAUGCUACUGAUAAUGACGAUCAUUCACUUUCAAAUGAAUUCAAUGAGCUGAGCUUUAACGAUCUCACGGAUGUUCCUAUUAUCUCUAAAUAUUCCACUCUCCCAUUGGACAAUUAUGAAGAAUUUGAGCCUACACUUGAGAAUACCACUUUACUGAAUUCACACUCAUAUAUUUCACAGCCUUUUGACACCAGCAUAAAACAAAGGUCUUUGAAUAAUGAUCCUCUUUCAUACCUUGUCUCCCAAGAGCAAAACAUUGAGACACAACUUCAGAAAAAUGUGGAUAGCCAUUAUGAUAUUUCCAAAAAAGGAUUGAGCUCUAAAAAAAUAAGGAGAAAUAUCUUGAAUUGUUUGGAUACCAAGAGGAAUGUGUAUGAUGCAAUUAUAGAAAUAUAUAAUGUUGAGCUCAACAGAAAAAAAUUAAUAUUGAAGGCAUUUAAAGGAUGGGAACAUAACAAAUUACUAUUAAAUCACAAGAUUGAAGAAAUUAGAACUAGUGAAUCUGGUAAAGGAUUAAGGCUAAAUCAGCUAUUGGAUGAAUCUAGAUCUGUUGAUAAUGAGAUGCAACAGCUUGAAAAUAGAUUACUUCAGCUAAAAGACAAAAAGAAGGUCUUGAAAAAUGAAAUUACACAAUCACAGAGCAUCAUAGAAAGCCGUGCUUCAUCAUAUAUUGAAACCUUGCAAGAUUUACAAAAGGAAGAAAAUGAUGCAAUAGUCGCAAUAUCAAAGGAAAAGACAAUAGAAAGCGGAUUGUCAAACAUGAUUGAGAAUGAUGAUUUUACGAAUCAAUCUAUUUUCAGCAUGAAGUACUAUCUGGGAAAAUUUGCACCAAAAUUACCUGAUGCUGGCAAAAUUUCGAUUGAUAGCUCACAGAUUAUUGAAGUGGUUGCCAGACAAUCUGAAUCUUUCAAAGAUCAUAUUGAUGAUUAUUCUAAGAAAAGGGAAAAUAUGAAUCAAGGUAGCAUUAUUUGGCAAGAUAUCACCAAUGACUUAAAUUUAUUGGAAGACAACAUAUCCAAUUUAUUGAAUCAACAAUCAAAAACCAAAGGUUUGUCUGUUGAAACGAGCUCUAAGGCUUUAGAGCUUUUAACAAAAUCAGUUGAUCACUUAACAGAAAGACGAAUUUCUUUGAAACAAAUGGAUCAUGUUUUACGUAAACUUGUUGAAAAUGAGAUCUCAAUUUUAAAGCAAGGCAUUCAUAUGAUAGAUCCUAAUGCUACCAGUCCAAAUACUUCAUCUAUGAGUGACCUAAAAGACCACACUGACGCCUCAAAUAAUCAUAAACUAGCACAUACUCUUGAUUCAUCCGGUUUUGACAAUAAAUCUAUACCUAAGAUUAAUGUUCCAGGAAAAGCUAUUGGUCAUUCAACAGUUGAUACAAUUCCUGCUAUAAGAUCUGGGAGCUUCUCUUCAACCCCAGGGUCAUUUAAAUCACAACUAAAAAGUGAGUUUUUGGGUCAAAAUCGUGCAGUUGGCUCAAAAUUGAAAGAUAAAGGAUCAAAAAAAGACUAA